AUGGGACCCAUCCCGGGUGAGACUGUGAGGCGCCGGGGAGUGGCACCGGAGGCGCCGGCGCCGGUCUACUUCGCGGAUGAAGCGGGCCUGUCAGGCGCGGAGGCAGGCGAGGAGCUAGAAGAUCCAGAGCGGGCCAAGAAGCUGGAGGAAGCAUACGACUCCGCGGCGCGGGCGCAAGAGUUGGCGAUUGCGAAGCAGAACCUAAGGAAACGCCAACAAGCAAGAAGUCCGGAGGAAAAGAAGGCAUGUAAGGGGAAGAAGAAGAAGACGCGCGAGAAACGGUGGAUCUAUGAGCCGCUUCACGCCGGAAGUGGUGGAGCGGCGGAUGAAUUUCCCAAAGCCGAGCCCGUCAAGCUCUACCACGAAGUAAAACCCGGCAUGGAGCAGCUGGUCUACCUCUUCAUCGCGUGGGGAGUCAUGGAUCGCCACAUCCCGUACCACAAACCCCAAGUGCGCAAACCGAAACCCCAGGCAAAGGAGCCGCAGAAGUCCGAGGCAGUGGAGAAGAAGGGCCACCACCGCCGGCAGAAGAAGAAGCGGGGCAUUACGAAGAGAUGGGCGCCGCGGAUCAGCCGGCCAGGGGGGGGAGCGUCGGGAGGAGAUCCAGGAGAAGACCCCCCUGAUCCAGAGAAGAAGGGGUCCGAGUCCCCAGCAGAAGACGAGGCGACGCCCAAGGAGGAAGAAGGAAAAGAAGAAGAGGAAGGAAUAAGAGGCCCCUUCACGCACGGACUUAACCAGGAGGACGGAUUUUUGGAUGUUCUCGCCAAACGCGGGGAACGCGGGGAACGCGGGCGUGGGGAAAUGGAGAACCACCUGACCAUCCUGGAGAGAGGAUUUCUGCGCACCCCGGAAGCCCCGUCCGCCAGAACGCUCAUAACCCAGAGCUGGAGAACCUCCCGCGCCGACCGCAAGAAGGGCCCGCAGUGGAACGAGCUCAAGGACAAUGAGCUCCACGGUUAUCUCAAAAAUUGGGCUCACGCUGUAUUGGAGUACAAGCGCGCGAGCAAGAAAGCGGGGCAAGACGCUCGAACCAUAAUCUGGUACGAGUUUGUCUACCGGGCGCUGGCCCGGGCGGGGACGGACCUCUUGAAGCUCUUCCGCCGGCGACGGGAGCAGCGAGAACCCUAG